CUUUCGAAACGGCGAACAGUUGAACAGCAGCACUCGGAGCGUACGGAACAGUUACCGGCUUGGGCGAAAGCGGCACACACAACUUCUCACGCACUUCAGCAAAUAUUCUACUUCUCCACUGUACGGGUACCUCAUUCCAUUCCGUUGUUCAGUGUUCGGUUCAGCACGGGUUGGUUCAAUUAAUUCAGUUUCAGCCUUCAGUAGGUACUGGUGGAUUUUUUUCACACACUUCUCCUGUUAUACCGACAAAAUAGUGGCAAAGUGUUAAACACUAGCAAACUACCGUUACGUGUAUUGAACAACAGUAGAAAACGCAUCGUCAGCCUAACUGAACUAAACGAACUAAAAAUCCAGCAAAAUGGCCGAAAAUUGUGGAAAGUGCAAAAAAUCGAUUAGCAAGGAGGGCAUCGUCAUUUGCAAUUCGGACGAUUGCAUGAAAAAGUUUCAUCGCACUUGCGUGAAUAUCGACGAUGCCAUCUACGAUGCGAUUCAGAAGAACCCUUUGAUUUCCUUCAAUUGUGAGGAAUGUAAAAAUCAAUCGCCCAAAGCGCUAGCCGCCAAGCUGCAGACGAUGGAGGAGAAACUGAAUAAAGUCUACAAUGGCGUGAAUCAGAUCUCGACACGUAUGUAUCAGCAAUAUUUCCAAUUCGGCAACGCGAACAAUGUGGACCCGAAGAAGCAAACCAAUAAUCUCAUCGUCGUUGGUAACAACUGUAAUUCGGAUCGUCUGCAAGUUGUCUGCGAUUAUGGGCGCUGGGUGCAGGUGGGCAAAUUCGCAACCUCCACUAGUGAGGAUGACAUUAUCGAGCAUUUGGCUGAGGAAUUGAAGAUCAAUAAGAAUCUAGUCAAGUGCACCAAAUUGGUGAAGAACGAUGCGAAUCUAUCGCAAUUGUCAUAUUGUAAAUUUAAGAUUUCCAUACCGGAUUAUCGUUUCAAUGAGCUAUUCAAUGAGAAUAUCUGGCCCAGUGGUGUUAUGGUCAGUCCAUUCACACCACGUUCGCAAUUGAAUCAGAAUCGUAUAUAAGGCAAAGCCAUUGAAGGGCGGGUGGAUGAGGGCGCUAAUCGCAGACGGAUAAAUACGAAGAAGAAGAAGCGGAAAAGAACAAAGGAGGAUGGGGAGGAGAACGGCGGGGAGGGUGAUAACGAAAAGCACGAAAAGAACGAAAAGCAAAUGGAGUCGCGACCACAACAACCGGCUGCGACUGCGACUGCGACAACGGUAUUGCAGCACGACGAAACACCGGUGGCGGCUGAAACGGGCACGCCAACGCCAGCGAACUGUGACAAUGCAGGAAAACAGGUGAAGAACGUAGGCGACAAUGAAGCGGCGCUAAAUGAAGUGCAAACCGAGGAAACACAAGCACAGUAUCGCGAAACAGCAGACGAGGGCGUGUGGGAAGUGGAAGCAGCAAUGCCGGAAAACGAAACGAACGACGUGUCUGAUGCAACGCCAGCGGCCGAAGAGGAAGAAGCAGAAGUAGAAAUAGAAGAAGAAGAGGAAGUGGGCGAGCGGGCAGCAGGCACGGCAGCAAUUGAGGAAGUCGCCGGCGAGAGCAUAAACGGUUAGGGGCAUGGCAUGUGUGUACGAUAGAGACAAAGUCCUUCGCUUUUCCGCUAAGUGGGCGACGCAGAUGGGUGGGGGAACGCGAGCGCGCAACGUAUGUAUAUGUAAACUUAUAUACACGGCAAUGGGGUUGGAACAAUAACGAGCGAUUCAAUGGCUAACAGCUCGACUGAUAGGGGGAUAGAAAAAAAUGAAAACCGAACAUACACACUUACAUAAAUGUAAUGGGAAUGUGUACGAUUUUGAAAUACAAAAACAAAAAUGGCACAUUUAUGUACAUUUUCUACAUUUUCCAAUGUGAAUUAAGCCGAGCUCGCUACUAACAAGGGCUUGACUUUAAUUUUCAAACAUUUAACAUACAUACAAACAAUCGCAUGGUAUUGUUUUCGGAAAAUUCAUGGAAAAUUUUUAAUGGCAAACAAAUGCUGCUAAAUUCAUUACGCACCAGCUGCGGUGGUGAAGCAUUUCAAGUGUUUUAAAAUGUGAAAUUGGCGAAAAUAACUGAAAUAUGCAGUUUUAUAUAGAAGCAGUCACAAUGCUAAAAUAUAUCUAUUUAUAUGCAGAAAUUAUGUGCAUGAUUUAUCUAGUAAUUUACAAAGCAAAAUAAUAAUGAAUAUUUGUCGUACUUACACACUUAUCAACGCAAACGAAAAAAGAAAAAUAUAUUUAAAACAUUUAAGAAACGUACAUAACCAGUACAUAACCAAAUGAUACCGUAAAGCAGACACGAAGUGGAAAUUAUCUAAACAAAAAUUAUGCAACUAAUUGCAACUAAUAUUCCCUUUGAAAACAUAUGUAACACGCAGGCGAAGUUAGAAAACCAAAAAACAUAAAUAUUUUAGUACGAUUAGCGCUACUGUAAAGCAAAUACCAAAUACUUACAAGUACACGUAUACUUUUUAUUAUAUUUAAAAGCAUACAUUUGCAUUAUUAUAUAUAAAUAUUUUUUUUUUUAUAAUUUCCAUUGGUUUCAUGAGAAACAAUAGUUUUGAACUUAACAGAAUAUAUUACUUUAUGUUGAUUCUUUUACCAUUCAUGUGAUUUCAUUAAAAAAUAGUUGUGAAAAUAUUAAAAAAUUAUAAAUACCAAAUUUCAAAACUUUUCAAAGAGUUUUAGCGCUAACCGCACUUUUAUAAAUAGGAUAAAUUGACAUUAUUAUAAAAAAAUUAAAUAUUUCCAAUAUCAAUGUUUAUAUACUAUUUAAUAUGCCCAUAUUCAUGAAAAAAGAAGUUUUUGAAAUUCAAAAAAAAUUCUUAAAAAAAAAAGUUUUCGAAAUUUAAAAAAUUCUGAAUUUGAAUGUUUUUGAAUUUAAGCACAUAAUGAACAAUUUUAUUAAAAAAUAAAGUAUUUUGAAAUUUAAAAAAAUUUUAAUUGAAAAGAUUUUUUUUCAAGCAUAUAGUAAUCAAAUUCAUUAAAAAACAGUUUUAAAAAUUUAAAAAAUUCUGAAUUUGAAUGUUUUUUCAGGCACAUAAUGCUUAAAAAUGUGAAAAGUGAAGUUUUUGAAAUUAAAAAAAUCUGAACUUAAAAUAUUAGAUCAGAUUCUUAAAAAAAAAUUUUUGAAAUUUAAAAAAUUCUGAAUUUAAAAGUUUUUGAUUUUUAAGCACAUAACGAUCUUCUUCUUCUUAAUUGGCGUAGACACCGCUUACGCGAUUAUAGCCGAGUUAACAACAGCUUUUAUUUAAAAAAAAUGUGUUUUGAAAUUUAAAAAAUUUUUAAUUUAAAAGUUUUUUUUUCAAACAUAUAGCAAUCAAAUUCAUUAGAAAAGAGUUUUUUGAAAAUUAGAUAAUUCUGAGUUUAAAAGAUUAAAAAAAAUAUAAGCACAUAAUGCUCAAAUUCAUUAAAAAAGAACUGAAAAUUUAAAAAUUCUGAAUUUUAAAGGUUUUUUUCAAGCACAUAAUGAUCAAGUUCAUCAAAAAAAAAAGAUUUUUGAAAUUGAAAAAAUUUUGAAUUUGAAAUUUUUUCAAGCAUUUUUAAAUUUAAAAAAUUCUGAAAAAAAAGUUUUUGAAAUAUAAAAAUAAAAAUUCCGAAUUGAAAUUUCUUUUUUCAAGCACCUAAUGCAAUUCGAAUUUUCAGUACAUACCAGUUACUUGAAAUUAAAAAAAAAAAAAAAACAUAUAGAUUUAUAUAAAAUGUUCCGUAAUAAAAAUAGAAGAGAAAUAAAAAAAUAAUAAUAUUUUCAAAAAAUUCUAACCGCAAAGCACUUCAGCUAUUAUAUACAUAUAUUAUAUAUAUUAUUAUGUAUCGAAUUCACGAUUGGUCACAUAAUACAUAAAAUGGCCAAAGCAAGUAUUUUCGAAUAUGUAUAUUCAAUAUUUUUCAAAAAUUUGCGCGUAACGUUUUAAUAAAUAUGUAUGUAUAUGUAAGCACACAAAUUCUAAAUAAAAUAUUUAUGAAGUUAUGAAAUUA